AUGGCCGACACGGGUCUUCCCCCCAACUGGGAGGUCCGCCACUCCAACUCCAAGAACCUUCCCUACUACUUCAACUCGGCCGAGAAGGUCUCCCGGUGGGAGCCUCCGCAGGGCACCGACACUGAGAAGCUCAAGCACUACAUGGCCGCCAACCACAGUGCCGGCGCUCGUCCUGGCGCCGUCCCCGGUGUGCCUGAAGGCAAGAUCCGCGCCGCCCACCUGCUCGUCAAGCACCGCGACAGCCGGAGGCCCAGCAGCUGGAGAGAGUCCGAAAUCACGCGAUCCAAGGACGAGGCCAUGGAGAUCAUCAAGGGCCACGAGCAAAAGAUCAAGUCCGGCGCCAUCUCCCUCGGCGAUCUCGCACCCACCGAAUCGGACUGUUCGUCGGCUCGCAAGCGCGGCGACCUCGGCUACUUUGGCCGCGGCGACAUGCAGAAGGAGUUUGAGGAUGCCGCAUUCGCCCUCAAGCCUGGAGAGAUGAGCGGUAUCGUGGAGACGGCCAGCGGUCUGCACCUGAUUGAGAGGUUGGAGUAG